CCCGGGCUAAGCACCAGUGGCCCUGCCCUGUCUGUGCUCCCCUGGGAACACCAAGGGGCUCAGACAGUAAAGACUGACUCUACACCAAGCAUCCACCAGCAACAAACCGACGCUCCAAGGCGGUGGCUAUGGCCGAGGAGAGCACAGCUACUGACCAUGAGCAGCUCCUGAGGAGGGUGCAGGAGCUGGAAGUGGAGGUGAAGCGGCUGCAGGAGAAGCUCCAGGAGGACAAGGAAGGUGCUGGGAGGAGAGAGGCUCCUCCAGCCUCUGGGAAAGCCAGGAAACGCCAACAACGGCCCUUUGACUUCGCUGCCCACAGCCGCAGACACGUGGCACUGCGCAUCGCCUACCUGGGCUGGGGCUACCAGGGCUUUGCCAGCCAGGAGAACACCACCAACACCAUCGAGGAGAAGCUCUUUGAAGCCCUCAAGAAGACACGGCUGGUGGAUGACAGACAGACGUCCAACUACCACCGCUGCGGACGCACGGACAAGGGCGUCAGUGCUUUUGGGCAGGUGAUCUCCCUGGAUCUGCGCUCCAGCCUGCCGGAGGGGCAGCAGCUCAACGGCCACGAGGCCGGGGGGCGGCAGGAGGAGCUCCGCUACACCCACAUCCUCAACAGAGUGCUGCCUCCCGACAUCCGCGUGCUGGCCUGGGCGCCCGUGGGGCCGGAGUUCAGCGCCCGCUUCAGCUGCCUGAGCCGCACCUACCGCUACUUCUUCCCCUGCGCCCAGCUGGACGUGGCGCUCAUGGACAGCGCGGCCCAGCGCUACGUGGGCACCCACGACUUCCGCAACCUCUGCAAGAUGGACGUGGCCAACGGGGUGCUCAACUUCCAGAGGACGAUCCUCAGCGCCACAGUGACGUGGGUGGACAGGGGAGGAGAGGCCAGGCCACGGGAUCCCUUCCGGCUGUGCCAGUUCGAGGUGACAGGACAGGCGUUCCUGUACCACCAAGUGCGCUGCAUGAUGGCCGUGCUCUUCCUCAUUGGCCAGGGCAUGGAGAGCCCGGAUGUCAUUGAUGAGCUGCUGAACGUGGAGAAGAACCCCCGGAAACCACAGUACAGCAUGGCGGUUGAGUUCCCCCUGGUCCUGUACGACUGCGAGUUCCCAGACCUGCAGUGGCUCUACGACCCAGAGGUGCAAGGCUUCAACGUGACACACUUGCAGCAGCUCUGGGCCAGCCAUGCCGUCAAAACCCAGGUGCUCCGGGACAUGUUGGCAGGCCUGGAUGCUGCUCCCGUGGCCACCAGAAAUGGUCCAGAGAGCAGCCUGGUGCCCUGGGGUGAACUGCAGCCCCCGCUCCACAGCCAGAUCAGCGGCUUCGUGGAAGGGGUCCAAGCCCGCACCUACAAGCCCCUGCUGG